AAUAGUAAAAUAUUUAUAUAUAUUCUUAAAAAAAUAAUUUCACAAAAGUUAACAAAUAAUAUAAAAAAAAUGGAACUGUGUGGUAAACAUAUCAUUCAUGUAAAUAAUUUUUGUAAACAGUACUCAUGGGAAUUUUUAUGGAUGGAGUGGAAGCAAGACGUAAGAUUUUAAAAGGACGUAAAACAAUUACAAGACGUUACUACUGGGGAACUGCAAUACCAGCAUGGUCCAUAGUGCUCUUAAUAGGAAUCUGCUUGCUGCUUGCUGGAGGUGGACUUUAUAUAGCAUUGCAAAAAUUGUUAAUUGACACUGCUGUGGUAGGAGAGAGUCAUUCCUAUCAACCUGCAUCGCAACAUGAAGCUUAAUUUUCAACGAAGAAGCACGCAUAAAUUUUAAAUGACGCUUGUCAUUUCAUUUUUUUAUACUUUAACACAUAAAUAACGAGUAUUAAAAUAUUUUGAUAAAAAAAAAAAUUUGUUAUGAACACAGUGACAAUGUAUUAUUUAUUUGUAUGAUUUCUAUUUUGACAAUGAUCUAGUAUUUCAAUUUCACUGAUAAAUUAGUGAAUGUUAUGACGUCAGUAUAUGUAUCAUAUAAUUAUAUAUUUGUAUAAUUGUGUCUCUCACAGGAUUUUUAUUCCUCUUACUGACUAAAAACCAGAAAAUAUUCAGUUUUGUAAAAUACGCGUUACUCAUAUAAUGGUUACAUCAUUGAAAGAUACAUAAA